CAAAAAGUAAGCAGCUGCUUCUACAGUUUUCUUAAAAUGGACUUAAAAACCCAUGACUGCAGAUUAUUAUUUUUUGGGCGGAUUUCAUUCUAAUUGCUAUGUAUGACUUGCAGCCCUACUUUCUACGCUCAUCCAGCAGGUCCUCGUACAAGGAAAGCAUGGACAAUGAUAGCGGUGCGUGGAAUGAUGACGACAAUAUCGAGGAGAAUGACACGAGUGCGGAGGGCUCUAGUAGUAACGCAUCAAAUACAUUUGAUUUUGAUACAUGGGCGGAAUGGUACGCAUGGUCUAGCCGUAACAAUGGUACGGAAGAAGCGGUUCUUCUUUUGAGCAUGUUGAUGGAGGAGCAGCAAUCCCAUGCCCAACGUCGUAUGCCCAGGGCACAACAUAACAUUGGCUUGCGUGGUUAUCAGUACAUCAUCGCAGUACUUAAUGGACAUCCUAACACCUAUUACGAGAUGUUCCGAAUGGAGGUAUAUGCAUUCCGGGCCUUAUGUGAUCAUUUACGUAGAGAUGUUAGCUUGCGUGAUUCGUCACGAGAGGUCACGGUUGAGAAAGCAUUAGGAAUGUUUUGCUACACUGUCGGACAUGGUGUCGUUCAACGGAAUGCAGCUAACUUGUUUCAACAUUCGGUUGAAACUAUAAAUCGACAUGUGUACAACGUAAUGCGUGCAUUAUGUCGCCUAUCGCGCCGUGUGAUUAAACCGAGCCAGACAACUGGGGUGAUGCCUUAUAUUGAAGGAAAUCUAAGACUUUAUCCAUGGUUCGAGGUAAAUAUUGACCAUUACAUGAUCGAUCCUUUCAUAGCAUAA